UUAAAGGUUCCCAGGCGUGGAUCGAAUGCAGGAGCCAGAAUCUUCCUUUGACUUCGGUCCAAGCUGGUGGCCGACGAAGGAAAAAUACUGAACACCCCACCGCAGUCAAAAAAAGUUUCCACUGAGCUGAAAUUUGAAGACCAAGCUGAAGCGAUAGUUGUGUUUCUGUGCAGCUCACUGACAGCAGCGCCUGUGGCACCCAGACAGUGAUCGGUGCAAAAUCUGUGCCAAGAAAAAACUAUCCGGUGACAAAACAUGAAAGAACCUGCCAGUGUUUUUUAAUUCUUCGCUAGAGGUGUGAGUCUUUGGCUUCCAGAAAGAAAUGGGAGUUGGCACUGUCUCCUGCGGCCCAUCUGCCGGUAGUGCCACAUUUUUGCACGGGGAUGUACCUGAAUACUUGUCUGAAAACAAGCACUGCCAGUUCACUCAGACCUUUGGCACCUUUCGUUGUAAACAGUCCAAGCAGAACUCAUUGUGACAUGUAUACAGUCGGAGGAGUGCGUGCUUCCCUGCCACUUUGAAUCGGACGGGAAAGGCGCGAGGAUCAUGUGGUACAAGAAGAAAGCGGUGGUGAGCUGCACGCGCUACGGCGACACCCACUUUGUGAUUGGCCAUAACUCUCCCGCCGACAUGUACAGGGGAAGAACCGACCUGUAUGCCGACCAGGUGCUGCAGGGCAACGCCACACUGCUGCUGAGAGACAUCACCCCGCAGGAUCAGGGCAAAUACUUCUGCAUCACCAUGACGGCCCCGCGCACCGACGAGUCCGGGGUCAUCUCCCUCGUGAUAAAGGCUCCGGUCCGGGAGGUUCACAUCGAGCGCCUUGGUGACUCGGUCAGCUGCAGCGCAGGAGGAAUCUACCCGGCACCGGCGGUCAGCUGGUCCACCGAGCCGCCCACUGAUGCCCAGAACCUCCAGAACUCGACGAGAACCCAGAUAAACCUGUGGGGGUUUUACGACAUCCACAGCUCUCUGAGACUUCUGGGAAAUAACGCUGAAGAUCUGACCUACAUCUGCUCGGUGACCAGCGACAUGAACAAGAGAACGGCCUUCCUGAAACACCAAGCUCCCAUCCAGGCCAGCCCCAGCGGCGACGUGGUGAUUCCCUGCGGCUUUCCCGUCCCUCGGAGCUUCAACCUGACCUGGAGCUUCAACCGCCUGGAGCCCAUCCUCUCUCUGAGCGUAAGCGGGCAGAAGGCGGUGCUGAGCGUCCGGGGCCGGUGGGCGGCUCACGUGUUGAACCGCAGCUCGCCGUCGAGCGGCCUGCAGCUCCACAGCCUGCAGCUGCAGCACCAGGGGGCGUACACCUGCGAGCUCAGCACCGCCGACGAGACGCACGUCAGCCACACCAACCUGACCUUCACCGGGGACGGUGAAUCCUCCGGACAGGUUUUCAUCUACGUUGUCGUGAUCGGCAUGCUCUCAUACUUCCUGCUGAUGUCCUACGGCACUCUGGUGUUCCUCCUCUUAAAGCUGCGGCGACAGGAUCGAGGAGGAGGAGGACAGGAGCCGAGCACCGAGCUUCAGGAGCUCAACCAAUCAAACGGAGGAGUGGAGAUCAACACAGCGAGAUGAAGAAAAAAAUUACUUUAAAUUAUAACAAAUGUGCAAUAAUCUGUAUAUAGCAUGAGAUUUUACAGGUAGAUGAAGAAAAAUGUGAAUUUAUCUCAAACGUUACAUGAAAUACAGGCGGGACGGAUGUGUGGUAAAGGAGCGCUUGUUUUGCCACAUGUGCUCAGUUUGUUGCUUUUUGAAGGCUGACACUGAUAACUUAUAUAUUUUGUGCCAGCGUUAAAUAUAUUUAGAUUUGAAAAAUAUCAUGUAAGAAAAAAAAAAUCAGUCUUGGGGUCUUUCUUCUUGUAGUUUGAGACUGGAGUUUGUAGUUCUUGCUGUGUAAUAAUACAGUCCCUGCAUGCGUACUGUGAACAUUUUUAUGAAUAUAUUUUUGCACUUUUUUUACAAACAAAACCCUAACAUAUGAAUUUAAAGAGGAAAAUGAAGGACACAACAGGAAGCCCUUCGCUGCUGGCUCCGUUUCCUUAAUUUUCAGUGUCAUUUUAUUUAUUUAUUUAUUUAUUUUACCCUGUUAAAUAUCACUAAUCAUCAGUGCCCUGGAGAUGUUUGAUGAUGAAGUGAAGAAAAAAGAAGAAUGAGGAAAAUGUUUUCUGCCCCCAAGCUGUCUGAACUCAGCCGAUUCUCUUCGGGAAAACAGAAUUUAAUGACAAAAACAGAGCCGAGAAAAUCGAGGCUCGUGGCUGACGGCUUUGUUUGAAGUUUUUCCAAGUGUUUUAGGGUGAAAUUGUCCCUUAAAAAAAA